AUGAUAACUGGGUGUCCAGGGCCACAGAUCCAAAUCGGCGCUCAAUUAAAUUCCGGGAGUCGGUCCCCUUUAAACAAUGGCGCCUAUACAGAUUACUGUUUUACCGGAUUCCUUGGCUCAGGAAAAACAAGCAUUAUCUUGUCGCUGCUGCCCAAGUUGCCGAAGGACUACAAAGUUGUGCUUCUCAAGAAUGAAUUUGGUGACGUCGAAGUGGACAGUAAACUGGCAGAACAAUCAUCGCUCACUGCCGUCAGUGAAAUUCUCAACGGCUGCAUGUGCUGUGUACUUGUGGGCCAAAUGAAGACCGCACUGCUGGAAAUUCGAGACCCAUGGGACUUCAAGCUGGACGCCAUCCUUACGGUCAUAGACGCAGAAAACUUUACUGGGUAUGAGGACACCAGCACUACAGCUCGUAUGCAGGCUCAAUAUUCCGAUACAUUAAUUAUUAACAAAUGGGAACAUGUCUCGGAGAGAGCAUUAGAUAUUGUAACGGACCACCUCUACACUCUGAACGAGGCGACUCCAAAGAUCCGUUGCCUCAACCGCAAUGACGUUGAUCCAGCACUUAUUUUCGGUUUGGACACAAAGUUGUUUUCGGAUGCCGCUUGGCUCCAUGAGGAACACUCAUGCCUCCAUCAUGGACUGGAAACACACCAUGACGAAGUUGAAACAGCCACUAUCACACUCAAUCCAGUUGAACAGGCGCUUUCAGUAUUACCCAAAGAUGUGAUAUACCGAGUGAAGGGCUUCAUUUCUUUAGCGGAUGAAGGGAGAGUUAUCCUCAAUUGGGCGUUUGGUCGCUUUGACCUCGUCCCAUACGAGGGGGCAGGGCUGACGAUGAUGGGCGAGAGGGGCGAAGUAAAAAACAAAUGGGAAAAGAGAUUUGUAGAGGCUUUGGAGCGAAGGUAG